AUGAACAAUAAACUUGAAUACUUGAUAAAGUAUUCAGUUGGAUCUCCGCCUAGCAGGGAUUAUUAUAGCCUGAAAGUUCUUCAAGACGAGGUAAUUCUACACUUAUGGAGAAUCUCUCACGGUCCUCACAAAGCACCAAUCGUACAUAGAGUUAAAUUCGCCGAAUUCGGUCAAGAAAAAUCUUUGCAGGAUAAAAUAUGUCACGCAUUUGGUGAACAUCUGUUAAAGUACGUGAAAAAUAUUACUGAAGGGAACCUAAAUACCCUUUUGACUUUACCAAAAUCUUUAAUCGGAAAAAUAACAAGAUAUUUGACGUACACGGAUAUUGUCAAGUUAUCUUCGUUAUCGCAUGUCGCCUAUGAGAUCUUCAACGCCGAUUCAGUCUGGCAAAUACUUUAUGAGAGAGACAAAGAAACCAGAGUCAACCUCGAAGAAAGACAAAAGGCUAAAGUCUACGGUUGGAAGCAUCUAUAUAAAGACAGACAAAUCCAGAUGUCUCUAAAAAAUAAAAAGGUAUAGUAAACAAAAGCACUUAAUAA